AUGCAACUCGAAUCAGGGAGAGAGCAAAAUGGGGAGGAGAACGGAAGUAUCCACAAGAAGCAGAAGGUGGAAGAGAAGUAUGUGAAGGAUGAGAGAUUGGAGAAGAAAGAUGAAGGAAACGGAUCGGGUCUGGUCAAGAGUUGGGUCGAAAGAAAAGAAGAAGAAGUUUCAUCGGAUUCUGACAUAGCGACGGAGUCCAUGGAUCUUAUGACGCCUUUUGGGAAAAGAAUUCUUAGAGAAAGACCAGUUAAACCAACAACGAAGGCUAAGGAGAUGCACUGGCAGUUAACGGCUCGCGGACGUGGAAAUCGCGGACGUGGGCGUGGAGGAAGUGGCUAG